AUGACUACCCUGGCACCGGAAGAUGAGCCUGCGAGGCGAAGGCGACCGGGCAGAAAGUAUACGUCCCGAGCCUGUGAGGCAUGCCGACAGCGAAGAGCCAAGUGCGAUGGUGCUCGCCCAUCUUGCUCCCGGUGCCUAGAUCGUGGCGUGCAGUGCCAGUAUUCUACAGCAGAGGACGGACGGCAGCCAGCGCCGAGGUCUUAUGUAGUCAUGCUGCGCACCCGCAUCGAGAUGUUGGAGCGUGUUCUACAUUCCCGGGGUAUUGACCCAGAUUCCGCCAUUCAAGCCAUCACAGAAAAAGAUGAGCCUGCCAACAAACCCGAGGAAGAAUGGGAUCCACCCUGUUCAAAGGUUGAUGAUGAUUUUUGUGCCACCUUUGACGGCGCACUGACGUUGGAUGAGUCGUUGAAUUUUGAUCAGGAUGGUGAGGCGCGGUAUUUCGGACCAACAAGUGGGCGUUUACUGUUUCAAUCCUCAUCGCAAGCAAAUGAAGGCGUUCAUCAGCCAGAGAAGCCCUACACAGGAUCAUGUGGAAUCCAGGCUCAUUCAUGUCCAGAGUUGCCGGAAGACAGCUUGGUAUCAGAGGAACUCAGAUCCCACUUGAUCGACUUGUAUUUUGAGUGGGAACAGCCUUGGUUUCAAUUGGUGAAUGAAACGUUGUUUCGUGAAUCCAUGGAAAACGGGGGGAGAUAUUUCAGCUUUCUUUUAUUGAACUCAAUCCUCGCCCUAGGGUCACGAUACUGCGAUCGCCUCGAAGUGAGAACAGACCCCGAUGAUCCAAACACGGCCGGCAAAAUGUUUCUCGAACGGGGUGAAGCCCUCAUUCAGAAUGAGCUCAGGUGGCCCAACAUCACAACAAUUCAGUCACUGGCAAUCAUGGGAAUGGCCUACAUCGCAAUAGGCUCCGAUGCUGCUGGAUGGCUUCACCAAGGCACAGCCAACCGACUCGCUCUAGAUAUGGGGCUCAAUAUGGAUCCCUCGGUGCUCUCUGGGGCAGUGGCACUUCCCCCAAUUGAGAUCGAGUUGCGCAGGCAGAUCUAUUGGGCCCUCUAUUGCCACGAUAAGUUGUCCGCUAGUUACACCGGCAGGGUAUGCACAGUACUGGAAUCCCAAGGUGUUGUCAACAAACCACUCCCCCGAUGUGCCUCAGAUGUACACCUACCCUCGGCGAGCGGAAAUGGCGAGUUGAGAGCGGCCUCGCCAAGGGAUGUAGUGCAGUUGCACAGGGCGAUGAUUGACCUAUGUCGAAUAUUCGAAAAGGUUCUUGUCUCACUAGAUGAAACAACCAGCUGGUCACCCAAGCCUCUCCUCCAAGCCAGACAACGCUCUGCAUUUUUUGAUUCUUGUGUCCUUGAACUGAGGACUUGGUACUAUGAUCUACCCACAGAGCUGAAAAUCGACCGACCAACCGGUCCCUCCAAAUUCCCCCACACGUACUCGCUCUGCAUGGUUUACCACACUGUGUGCAUGUUACUUUGCGUGCCGUUCUUGGGCAACAGAUAUCAACUACAACGGGCUUUUGCUACCAAUGAGGCACAGCAGAGAGAAACCAAUGACCACAGUACAUCGCAGAAUAGCUGCGAACAAAAAGCGCUGACCAUUUGCCACAACUCAGCCCGGGCAGUAUGUAUUGUGGCCCAGAAGUAUAGACAGAAAUUUGGCACCUUCAGACUCAGUCCGAUAACACCAACGCACUGCAUUCUAUCGGCCGCGUUGAUCAUCAUUGAGAAAUGCUAUUUUGACCCAAACAGGAGGAGUGGGACGGGCAAUCAAAACCCCCGAGGUCCUUUACCCCAGACUGCGGUGGGGCUUUGCCUUCAAGUUUUACGAGAGCUUUCGACGUCUUGGGAUAUCGCAAAGCGUAUAGGACGCAAUCUAGAGAGACUCUAUUGUCGGCAACUUGACUGCGAUGCUGAUCAUAUGCCAGCGGCUCCUUCAUUGGAAUGCAACCUUCCCUGUGUCAAUCCCUCUCAACCAACAGACCUCAACGUCUGUGCAGGGUAUCCGACCCCACAGCGUGAACCAAAUACGAAUCUUUUUGAUCCAAGCGAUUCGCACUAUCAAAAUGCUUUACAGACCCCGCCACCAGCCAAUAUCAAUUGGGUUGACAUAUUCAGCUCGAGAAAUAUCUACGAAGCCCCGAUGAAUGACCUUGGCGGGUCCGCGGCUAUUCCUAAUCCCAGUGAGCUAUUUGUCAACAACCUGGGCUUUGCAUUCUCGGCCGAUUCUCUGCCAAGUGAUUAUACUAUGUAUGAUACCCUUAAUCAGAUGUACUCUGAAAUUAUGUGGUGA